GUAUCGAGAUCCAGUCAUUUUACAGACCCAUUCUUUGGACCCGAAAACAUACACAGAAGGAAGAAGCUGAGAAAGACGGGAUAAAGGUAGCGGCGACAAUGUCCGAACCGCCGGAAGAAAGACCGAUCACAUCUCCACCACACAUCAACCUUUCAUCUGAAACCCUAGAUGAGACCAUUCCAUGGAUUGACUACGCUGUUCGACAAGCACGCAUAGCUCAAAGAACUACCGAAGAUACCCUAGAUUCUGCAAUCUCCAUCACUACAUCGCGAAUCAAUCGUUUCGUUUCAACCGGCUCUGCUCAUUUCCAGCAAACAAUCGAUUCUCUGAAAGAUGUGAAAUCUGAAUACGUUGCAUAUGAGGAUUUAGCAUUUGAUAAGGUCAAAGAGGGUAUUUCUAUUGCUGCAUCGUAUCCAUUCACUACAGGGACUGCUGUUGUAGGGUUGGGAUUACUGGUUUUUAAGAGGCCGAGGCGAUUCUUGUAUUAUGGUACCAUGCGCUUGCUUGUGAGUGAAGAGAAAUUGCUUGCUAGAGCUGAUGCUAAAGUAAAAGAGUUCCAAAAGUCAAUUGAUCUUCUGAAGUUAGAGAGCACAAAGCUGGAGAAGGCAGCAACUCAGGCAGAGGAGGAGAUGAAACGUGGGAGGACAAAACUUGGACAAGCGGGCAAUCAGAUCCAAAGUCUCAUUCGAUCCGCGUAUAAAAUUGAAAGACAAGCAGGAGGUUUGAAAGAAGUUCUAAGAGAGCUGCCUCGGAUGGAAGCAUCUCAAUUUCGAUCACAAGUUACAAAACUUGCUAAAGAGGCUAAACGAGAGAGGAAUGCCUUAUCGAAGGAAGUCUCCAAGAUUAGCGACUAUGGGAUUUCAGUGUGAAAACAAAAAAUGUUAAAACUCAACCAAUAAUUUCCCUUUUCAUGGGUACAAAAGCAAACACUUCUGGAGCUGCUAGCGACUAUAUGGAGCGCAUUAAAUGGUGGAGAAAACAGUCUACUUGUGGUAAAUCGUUUUUUCCAUUUUUAUAAUAGAGUUAUUUGAGAACAUUCUCAAGUGUACUAUGUUUUACACAAUCAUCAAUUGCUUUGAACUGAUUUUUUUAAGGAUUUGUUUUGUUUUAACCUAAGAAGAAAGUGAUGAGGAUUUUCAUUUAGCCUCUUUGAGUUUAUUUCUUAAGUUGUGUUUGGA